GUGCAGGGUCACCGGUCCACCGCUCUACUCGACAGAUAAAAACCCCUCCCAGCUCAGGGACAGUUUCACUCCUUUCCUCUUGCCACCCCCGAGCAGAGCUGUCAAAUGCCGUCUUCAGCAGUUGCAAAAAUCCAUACUGUCGACAAGAAUGGACAGGAGAUCACUACGGUCGGGUUUCAGAGGUUCGGUUUCGACAGCGAAGUUCCCCUGGAUGUCCUUCGGUCUCUAUACCUUCGUGCUCACUACGUAGUGACCGCCAAGUCAGGAGAGGAGAGCAGCGAGCAGGAGGAGCAACACGCCCGGUUCACUCAGGGCGCUAGCGAACUGUACCAGUCGAAGUCGAUCUACCACGCGGACACUCAGUCCAUCUCAUACACCACUCUUUCUCGCUUCCCACCAGUGAAAUUGUUGCCGUCGGACAAGCGCAAACGCAUCCUUGUCACCGGGGGUGCUGGUUUCGUCGGUUCGCAUCUUGUUGACCGAUUGAUGCUGCUCGGGCAUGAAGUCACAGUCCUGGACAACUUCUUUACCGGCUCUAAGACCACAGUUAGUCACUGGGUCGGCCAUCCCAACUUUGAAUUGGUCCGACACGAUGUUGUCGAACCAUUCAUGAUUGAAUGUGAUCAAAUCUAUCAUCUGGCUUGCCCAGCCUCCCCUCCUCAUUACCAGUACAAUGCCGUCAAGACCAUUAAGACGUCAUUCAUGGGAACGUUAAACAUGCUUGGGCUUGCGAAGCGGACGAAAGCUCGCUUCCUCAUUUCCAGCACAUCUGAGGUAUAUGGUGAUCCCGAGGUCCAUCCCCAGAACGAAGACUAUUGGGGACAUGUCAAUCCGAUUGGCCCUCGCGCCUGCUAUGACGAAGGCAAACGUGUCGCUGAGACCCUGACGUACGGGUUCCAGCGGCAAGAUGGCGUCGACGUUCGCGUUGCUCGUAUAUUCAAUACGUUUGGUCCUCGCAUGAACCCCUAUGACGGCAGGGUCGUCUCGAACUUCAUCAUCCAAGCCCUGCGCGGGGAAGAUAUGACUGUCUAUGGUGACGGCACGCAGACCCGGUCCUUUCAAUAUAUCCAUGACCUCGUGGACGGCCUGAUUGCUCUCAUGAACUCUGACGAGACACGCCCUGUCAACCUCGGGAACGGCGACGAGUUUACGAUCGGGGAAUUCGCGGAAGUCGUCCGCGACAUCGUCGAGAAGGUGCAGGAGGAGGACGGCCAGAAGCCCGCCAAGCGCGUCAAGAUCGUGUAUAAGCCCAUUCCAAUGGACGACCCCCAGAAGCGUCGGCCCGAUACUACGAGGGCAAAGGAGACGCUCCAGUGGCAGCCUAAGUGGACUGUCAGGAUGGGGCUGGAGGAGAUGGUGAGGUACUACAAGGCGAAGAUGGCGGAGGGCAGCCUCUGAGCUAUAGAAAUCACAUCACAUUUUCUUUCGGGAGAUACGCUGUCGAUUAAUAGAAUGCGGAAGGGUUUUAGUGCAUAAAAUGCUAUAAGUACAUUAGGGGCGGGAUAACAGGACUUUUCGUCGUUAAGUCUAGAUACGUAUGCGAACGGACGUUAGAUGCAGACAAAUCAUAUACAUAUGAUAAAUGUGAACUAGUGGUAAAAAUCGAUGGUAGCAACAACAACGAAUCCAUGAGCCAUUAGUGUCAAGUGAAAUGCGACAUCACAUGCCAUAAGGAUGUGGCACGUCUGUUCCGAGGGCCCGAACAAAACAUCAUGAUCCACCCACGAACCAGAAGGAAAGAAGAAGAAUCAUCACAUGUCGUAAUGAUAAUCAAAGCAUACCAUGCAUAACGCGUGGCAGGGGGACACCGGUCGACGCCAUGACCUUAUUCAUGGACCCCUUUAUAACGUGUUUGUCCACGGCGAACGAUUGGGGGUUGUACGUGGCGCGGCGAAUACGUGAAUCCUGAGCGAGCUCGUACGAGAUCGGCUCUGAGGGUGGGAGGUGUGGAACGGAGAGCCCGCUGGUGUCUUUCCUCUCCCGGACGCGUCUGUCCCCGGGAGGUAGGGCGGUCUCGACGUAAGACAAGCCGUCCCUCUCGCCGUGGAACCAGUGGCCCUGGAUUCGCUCAGAGUAUUUGCGGAUGGGCCGGCCGUCAGGCCCCAGUGGGUUGUACGCGUCCUUCUGGCUCUUCGCGUAAUUUUUGAUCGUGUCCAUCUGGCUCUGGGC